AAACCCGAUAUCAUUGCAUUAGAAGCAACUGAUAUCGACUAUAUCUCAUCUUUUGACUUUAAAUACAAUAAUAUACCUGAAACUCCACUAUCAACUACUUCAAAAUCUCAUUCGGAUAUUACUUCAAUAGCUGAUGAGUUCAGAUCCACCUCACAAACUCCUAAUAAACGUCGAAGGUCGACGCAUACUUCUACAAGCCAAGCCAUGUGCCCGCCCUUACCUGUAACAUCACAAAAGCUAAAUUCUUUUGAUGCUAAUACCGAAAUCACCUCUAGUGGAAAAGGAAAAAAAAAAUUAUCGGAUUUGGCACUAGAUUCUCUUAAUCUAGGUCUUGAAAGUGUUGAAAAUUGGGUUGAAAUUGAGACUAAAUGGGUUGAAUUUGAUGACAGUGAAUGUUAUGAUCUUCUUAGAGCUUUUUCGCAUUUGUCUCUUACAAGACAUCCUAACAAACCAACUCAUAUCGCAGUUUGUGCAUCAUGCAAAACUACGGCAAAACGUCGUUCUGCUCCAUUAUUAUCUCCAAUUCCAGAAGAACUGGCUAAUGUCCCAAUGUACUAUCGUCGAUGGCUUUCUCCAAUUCAUCUGAGUUGUUCAUUAGGCCGUGCAGAGCGUGCAAAUCAAUUUACGCAUUACCGUCAUCUUACUGGUGAAUUUGAACGUAACAUUAUUCGUGCUGACCUGCCCGAUCCUCAAUCUGAGUCAGUUCUCUACAACUUAGUACGCACUCAUCAAAUUCAUCGAUGUCGUCCAGAUAAAUGUAAUGGUCCACCACUUCCUGGAGAGCAAUGUCAUAAAAAAUUUCCGGCUCCUUUAUCAAAUUGUACCUAUUUUGACCCUUCUUCAUUAC